CUUUUCACUUUCACCCACCCACUUCACCCCCUCCCCCUUCCUCUCCCUCUCCCUCUUCCUCCUCGGCGACGGCGAUGGAGGGCGCGGCGGCGGCGGCGGGAGUGCCCAUGGUGAAGGUGCGGGUAGGCGACGGCGUGGAGUUCUCGGUGCAGGCCCGGCGGCUAGCGGAGCUCGCGCCGGGAUACAUAUGGGACCUGCCCGCCAUCGAGUCCGGCGACAUCUACGACACCGUGCAGUUGUACCGCAUGAACGCCGAGCUCUUCACGAGCCGCGCCACCGGCGAGCUGCUUCCCCAGGGGGUCCUGCGCGUGCAGAGCAUCUUCGCGGAGAGGGUCCACGACCUGGACACCCUCGGCCACCUCACAAGGGCUGCGAUUGCACUCGACAUGGAAGAUCUUAAGGAUGAAUGCCACAAAAGGAUGCUGCAAGAUCAUCAGAUGAGUCCACAGGAAGUGAAGCUGUUUUUGCAGAAUGUGCUGGGACACCUGUGAACGGCUCCGCAAAUGGCAUUUUUCCUAGUUAUCAUUAGCAGAUCAUCACCCUGGUCAUUAACCUAGUUAAGUAGUAUAUACUACCUAUGUUUUGGGUUAGGUUAAGUCUUCAGUACAUGGCUAGAAUUCUGUUAAGCCAACUGCGUGCCUGUGUGCACUUUAUCAAGGUCUGAUGUGAGAGCUACUUGAGUUGUUUGGUGCUAAGGCCGAUUCGAAUUGCUCUUAUCAAUUCAGAAUUCACAAGCUUACCAGUUCUACCAUGCUAUUCUGCUUUA